CCGCCAGCCCAAGCCAACAUGGGACGAGUCAGGACCAAGACUGUAAAAAAGGCCGCCAGGGUCAUCAUUGAGAAGUACUACACCCGGCUGGGCAGUGACUUCCAUGUCAACAAGAGGGUAUGUGAGGAGAUAGCCAUCAUCCCCAGCAAGAAGCUGCGCAACAAGAUCUCUGGGUAUGUGACCCAUCUGAUGAAGCGUAUCCAGAGGGGCCCCGUCAGAGGCAUCUCCAUCAAGCUGCAGGAGGAGGAGAGGGAGAGGAGGGACAACUAUGUCCCAGAGGUGUCUGCUCUGGACCAGGAGAUCAUCGAGGUGGAUCCCGACACCAAGGAGAUGCUGAAGCUGUUGGACUUCGGCAACCUGUCGAACCUGCAGGUCACCCAGCCUACCGUUGGAAUGAACUUCAAAACACCCAGGGGAGUCUAGACACGUUUCAUAUCGCUGUCAAUAAAGACAAGUGGAAAGGAAACACUGUAGCGGUCUCUUUUGCAAGGUCACAAUCACACAUUAUCUUACUCGAAGCCUGGGAUUCAAUCACAUCAAAUGUUAACCAACAAUAGCAGAUCUCCCUUGUGGCUCAGUUGGUAGAGCAUGGUGCUUGCCAUGCCAGGGUUGUGGGUUUGAUUCCCACACAGGACUAGUAUGAAAAAGGAAAUUAAAUCAUUAUGCACUCAG